AUGGUCGCCAUCGGCAAUAGUGAACUGAGCCCCCGUCAGAUCAACACUACCAGACUAGUUGUUCACUGUUUUCGUCGGUGGCUCUUCUUAGUUGCCUCAAGAAGAAGUUGUACAGAACAAAUCACCCCAAAUCACGAGGCACGUGUUCGUGUUGAUAGGAGGAUUGAAAGUAGACUCCUUCGAUUAGAAAAGGAGGCAAAAGAGAAUAGUGAGUGA